AUCCAUUAAAAUUAAAGAGGUAAACAACAAAAUGGAACGAGAAACCAGGGAAAUGGCGAUACAAAACAUCAAACUCAUUCAACCGUUUGAUGGUGAUCGAAAUUACUUGGCACUCUUUAUUCAAGGUGUCGAUGCGAUCAUGCCACAGUCUCCUGUUAUAUCGGAAGAGACGAAAGUAUUCUAUCUACACUGUGUUAUAAAAAUACUCAGAGGCGCUGCAUUAGACGUGGUUAGACGAGAGCAACCACCAGAUUGGAUAACGCUGAGGCAACUACUUAUAGAUGAAUUCGGAGAACACACGGCAGUUUCAACACUAAUCCUAGAAAUAAGCAAUAUUAAAUUUAAAAAUAAUGUUAAGCUACUAUGCGAAGAGAUUAAUUUAGAAGUUUGUAAAGUAAAAGAUGUUAUCAAACUAAAAAAUGAAAGUUGCUCAACUAAAAUAUUUUUGUAUAAUGAAUUAGAUCAAAUAAAUAAGAUUCAUGGGUCAAACCAAUCUCGACUAAGACGCUUUGGCUAUCCUGUACCAAUGGAACAAGAUGAGGUAAAUUUUCACUUAACAGCCUCGGAAAACUCCACACAAUUGAACUGA